AUGGCCUCUUCUGUUAACUUCAACUUCCCUUAUUUCUCACCUCCACCACCACACCAUCCUUUUCAGCCACCUCCACCAGCUUACCCUCCGCCCUCGUCACCACCUCCACCACCACACCAUCCGAUUUCACCUCCUCCGCCGCCAAAUCAUCCGAUUUCACCUCCUCCACCACCACACCAUCCGGUUUCACCGCCUCCACCACCCCAUGUACGUCCACCGCCAGCACCAAUUCCUCCACCACCAUCACCAAAUAACCACACUGUUAUAAUCAUUGUGUUCGUGUCAUGCGGUGGAGUGUUCUUCCUCGCAUUCCUCGCGGCCGCACUCUUUUGCUUCCUCAAGAAAAAGAAGAAGGCAGCACAAGAAGCCGAUGUCGUACAUGUCGAUGAACAUAUGAAAAUCAAGGAGGCCAUUGUUGAAGGUCCCGAUGGACCUCGCGCUGUUUUACUAGAGAUUGAAGAUGAUAUCCAUAUCGUUGAAGAUAUCGCAAAGACAGAGAGAAUUGAAAAGGGUUCGAAUCUCCACUCUUCUGCGAUAGCUAAUCUUAAAAACAUUGAAGCAGCAGGUGCAGCUUCUUCAAGUUCUCAUCAUCAUCAACUAGAACACAAGGCAUAG